AGUGUUGUGCUUUUUACUGCAGCUUAGUAAUGGUUUGGCUCUCACUCCUCAGAUGGGAUGGAACAGCUGGAACUUAUUUGCAUGCAAUAUCAAUGAAACAGUUAUUAAGGAAACAGCUGAUGCACUGGUAUCAACAGGGUUGGCCAAGUUGGACUCACAUGGAGUCCAAGGAAGGAAAGUUCAAGCUGCUGGAAUAGAUGGUUGUAGUCAGGUCUGGGCAGGUCCUUUAUCAGGUAAUUGUUUGGCUGUUGCUCUUUGGAAUCGAUGCUCAAGAGUUGCGACUAUAACAGCAUUAUGGGCAGCACUCGGGCUUGAAUCUGGAAUUCAUGUUUCCGUAAGGAAUUUGUGGACUGUACAUUUUCACUCCAUCUACAGCAUCUUUCUCUGCACAGUAGAUCAACUUCACCCAUCGAUGGGUUUUGGUCGAUAAAUCCAAAAUGAGCAUCGCAGGAUGUUCAUCAACUCAAUGAAUCUAUGCUUGUUUAUUGUCUAUUCUUAAUUUUGUUUUCCAAGUCUUUUGUUGUUGCUAGAAAUUAGGUCUUCCAUCUCAAAUAAAUUGUGUACUGUAUAUAUGAUGGUGUGUCUACUCAUGAAUCAUGAUCACAUGAUUUAUGACCAAAAUGAGGCCCCGAAUGGUUUUAUUACGUUUUUUUAAAAAAGUAUGGUAUGAACUUUCUCAAAAAAAAAAA